UCUCUUGUCCCUCAGAGACACAACGGGGACCCUCUUGGGAGGGGAGCAGAAAGGGGUCUCCCCCCCUCACAACCCCAUUGCACUCCUCUCAAGGCGGAAGGGGACCCCACCCUCUCCCUGCCUGGCGAGGGGGCAGCCGGGCCAAGGGGGUCUCUGGGCGCAGGAGAGCCUGUGGGGAGGAGGGGGGAGAGGAAAGGAAGCGCCCCUUCUCUCUCAGGCAGCCCCAUGUCUCUUCCCACCCCCAGGGGCUGGGUCCAUCUCUGGGCUUCACAGAGGACCUUGCGAGGCAAAUCUGGGCGGGGGGGGGAGUGACCCCCCUGGCUUCCCUGGGUCCGCCCCUCCCCCACUCUUCUGACCCACAAGGGGAGGGGCAGCCCUUCCCUACUUCUCAUUCAUCCUCUUCCCUCCCAGCCUCCCUGCUUGCAGAUUGAAAACCACCUCCUUCUCUCCCCGCAAACCCAGGUCACCCCCAGAUAUGAUGCCCCCCCCCCUGGCCGCCAUCUCGCCCCCCUGCUGUGGGGAGGAGGAAGGAGGGGGGCCAUGUCCCCAUGGAGCCCCCAGAGGCAGCGCCGUCCCGUCCUCUUCCCAUCCCAACACAGGGAGGGGCUGCUCUAUAGACGUAGCUCUAGGGGCAAGCGAAUCCCAAAAAGAACCGGAAGUGUCGCUGCGAAAUGCGCCGGAAGUUUCCUGACCGGAAAAGGAGGAGGAGCGUCGCUGAAGAGCCCCCGUCGCCGCCGCCCUUUUUAUUGCAGACAAGGAAAGCGGACUAAUCUGGAGCCAGGGAGGCGGAGGACCAAGAGAAAACAAAAAGGAUUUUCUCCCUACCCCUCCCUAUUGAAAGAAGACAAUAGAGAAGCCAAUCAGAAUUCUGGUGGGCCAUGUCUAAUGGGAAUAACGAAGAAACCAUUUAAAUGCAUGGAGUGUGAAAACAAAGAACAUAAACAAUUUGAAAGUAUGGAGUGUGGAAGGAGCUUCACUGACAGUGGAAACCUUAGAAAACAUCAAUGGUCUCACACAGGGCAGAAACCAUUUAAAUGUAUGCAGUGUGGAAAGAGCUUCAGUCAGAGUGGAGACCUUAGAAUUCAUCAACGGACUCACACAGGAGAGAAACCAUUUAAAUGCAUGGAAUGUGGAAAGAGCUUCACUACUAGUGGACACCUUAGAAUUCAUCAACGGACUCACACAGGGGAGAAACCAUUUAAAUGCAUGGAGUGUGGAAAGAGCUACAGUCAGAGUGGAAACCUUAGAAUUCAUCUACGGACUCACACAGGGGAGAAACCAUUUAAAUGUACGGUGUGUGGAAAGAGCUACAGUCAGAGUGGAAACCUUAGAAUUCAUCAACGGACUCACACAGGGGAGAAAACAUUUAAAUGUAUGGAGUGUGGAAAGAGCUUCAGUCAGAGUGGAGACCUUAGAAUUCAUCAACGGACUCACACAGGGGAUAAAAUAUUUAAAUGCAUGGAGUGUGGAAAGAGGUUCAGUCAGAGUGGACACUUUAGAAUUCAUCAACGGACUCACACAGGGGAGAAACCAUUUCAAUGCAUGGAGUGUGGAAAGAGCUUCACUACUAGUGGAAACCUUAGAAUUCAUCAACUGAGUCACACAGGGGAGAAACCAUUUAAAUGCAUGGAGUGUGGAAAGAGGUUCAGUCAGAGUGGACACUUUAGAAUUCAUCAACGGACUCACACAGGGGAGAAACCAUUUCAAUGCAUGGAGUGUGGAAAGAGCUUCACUACUAGUGGAAACCUUAGAAUUCAUCAACGGACUCACACAGGGGAGAAACCAUUUAAAUGCAUGGAGUGUGGAAAGAGCUUCAGGCGAAGUGGAGACCUUAGAAUUCAUCAACUGAGUCACACAGGGGAGAAACCAUUUAAAUGUAUUGAGUGUGGUAAGAACUUCAGUCGGAGUGGAGACCUUAGAAUUCAUCUACGGACUCACACGGGGGAGAAUUCAUUUAAAUGCGUGGAGUGUGGAAAGAGCUUCACUACUAGCGGAAGCCUUAGAAUUCAUCUCCGGACUCACACAGGGGAGAAACCAUUUAAUUGCAUGGAGUGUGGAAAGAGCUUCACUUAUAGUGGACACCUUAGAAUUCAUCAACGGACUAACACGGGGGAGAAUUCAUUGAAAUGCAUGGAGUGUGGAAAGAGUUUCACUACUAGCGGAAGCCUUAGAAUUCAUCUCCGGACUCACACAGGGGAGAAACCAUUUAAAUGCAUGGAAUGUGGAAAGAGUUUCACUGCUAGUGGAUACCUUAGAAUUCAUCAACGGACUCACACAGGGGAGAAACCAUUUAAAUGCAUGGAGUGUGGAAAGAGUUUCACUGAUAGUGGAUACCUUAGAAUUCAUCAACGGAAUCACACAGGGGAGAAACCAUUUAAAUGCAUGGACUGUGGAAAGAGCUUCAGUCAGAGUGGACACCUUAGAAUUCAUCUACGAACUCACACAGGAGAGAAACCAUUUAAAUGCAUGGAAUGUGGAAAGAGCUUCACUACUAGUGGAAACCUUAGAAUUCAUCAACGGACUCACACUGGGGAGAAACCAUUUCAAUGCAUGGAGUGUGGAAAGAGCUUCACUGAUAGUGGACAUCUUAGAAAACAUCAACGAACUCACACAGGGGAGAAAUCAUUUCAAUGCAUGGAGUGUGGAAGGAGCUUCAGUACAAGUGGAGUUCUCACAAAACAUCAACAAACUCAUACAGGGGAGUAACAAUAUAAGUCCUAGGGAAGUGGACAGAGGUUCAGUUGUAGUGGAAGUCUUACAAACCACCAAAAGACUCCGAGGGGUAAGAGCUGUAAGAGUGGAAACACCUACAGGCCAUCAAUUAAAGAAGAGAAAGGGUUUAAAUAGAAGGAGUGUGGAUCC